UUACGAUCGUUACCAUAGUGAUUAUGGAAUGCCCCGCCCUACGUGACGGCUCCGUGGGCGUGUCCGUGCGGUGAGCAAAGCAGAACGUCAGAAGAACACGCACGGGUGCAGAUGUCCGAGCGUUAACAUUCCGCGCGGAUCUCAGGGAAACACAGCGCCAUGGCUCGGGCCGGUACCGGAGCGGACGGCGCGGACCCGGAGGAGGACUGUUUUCAAGACGCGUUUGAUCGCAUCCCAGUGGCGUCUAAGAUGGACCUGCGAACGUCUAUAGAGGAGUGCACCAUGGCCCUCAACCUCGUCCUCAACAACAAGUUCUCUGAAGCCCUGGAUCUCCUCAAACCCUGGUCUAAGGACAGCAUGUAUCACGCGCUGGGCUACAGCAGUAUUAUGGCCAUGCAGGCCACCAUGACCUUCGAGCACAAAGACAUCCAGACCGGAAUGGCGACCAUCAAAGAUGCCUUACAGACCUGCCAGAGGUUCAGGAAGAGAAACUCAGUGGUCGGGUCCAUUUCCAGCCUGCUGUCCAAACAGCCGUCAGACAGCCUGAGAGACGAGGAGAUGCAUGCGGAGAUCUGCUACGCUGAGUGUUUGCUGCAGAAAGCCACACUAACAUUUGUACAGGAUGAAAACAUGAUCAGUUUUAUUAAAGGAGGAAUCAAAGUACGCACAAGUUAUCAAAUUUACAAGGACUGCCAGAGUGUGUCGAACAUGCCUCAGGGAGUGGGCGGAGACUGCGAGGCUUUCAGACAGUUUGAGGGCGGAGUCAAGCUGGGGAUUGGCUCCUUCAACCUGAUGCUGUCUUUACUGCCGGCACGGAUCCUUCGACUGCUGGAGUUCAUCGGCUUCUCAGGGAACCGAGAGUUCGGUCUGUCUCAGCUGCGGGACGGCGCCGCUGGUCACAGUCUCAGAUCAAUCCUGUGUGUGCUGACGCUGCUCUUCUACAACACUUACGUCUCUCUGAUCCUCGGCACUGGGGAGGGAAACCUGGUGGAGGCCGAAGCUCUGCUGGAGCCGUACAUCGAGAGAUUUCCUCGAGGCUCCAUCAUCCUGUUUUACUCGGCUCGGAUCGCCCUACUGAGGGGAAACUUCGAGACGGCGGUGGUGAAGUUCCAGGAGUGUGUCGGUGCGCAGCAGCAGUGGCGUCAGGUGCAUCAUCUGUGUUACUGGGAGCUGAUGUGGUGUCACUCCUUCCAGCAGCAGUGGGCCGAUGCGUACCGAUACGCUGAUCUACUGUGCAGAGAGAGCCGCUGGUCUAAGGCCAUCUACGUGUAUCAGAAAGCUGCUAUUCUGAGCAUGAUGUCGGAGGAGGAGGUGAAGGUGACCGGAGAGAGUAUCGUGGAUCUGUUCAGGCAGGUGGAGGGACUGAAGCAGCGUUUGGCCGGGAAGUCCAUCCCUACGGAGAAGUUUGCCGUGAGGAAAUCCCGGAGAUACUCGGCGGCCGUGCCAGUCAAACUGGUGAUCCCUGCGCUGGAAAUGAUGUACGUGUGGAACGGCUUCACCAUCGUUGGGAAACGAGCGGAUUAUACGGAGAGUUUACUGGUGACCAUCGAGCGAGCGGAGGAGCAGCUGCGCAACGAUCCCAACCCGUCUGAGUUUCACCCUGAUGACCAGUGUCUGGUGCAGAUGUUAAAGGGUUUGUGUUUGAAACAUUUGGGCAGAUUACUGCAGGCCGAACUGUGCUUCACACAGGUGAUCAGCAGUGAGAAGCGCAUCCGUUACGAUCACUAUCUGAUCCCCUUCAGCCUGUUUGAGCUGGGUUUACUCUACAAGCAACAGGGCGAUUACAUCAAGGCUACACGCUUCAUCGAGGAAGCCAAGCUGAAUUAUAAAGAUUAUUCGAUGGAGUCGCGGCUUCACUUCCGCAUCCACGCGGCUCUCAGCAGUCUGAAGGGUUCUCCCGCUAACUCUCCGUGAUGAAGGACGGCGUUCAGCACCAGCGUGACCUGAAGAGACAAGCACAUCCCGAGCAGCUGCAGCCACAUGUAGAGAAGCGCUUCACUGAACAUCUCCAACCAAAGCCACUGUUCUGACAUCAUCACCAUCAUACCUGUCCCUCAGACCGCAGUCUGAACAAUCUGACAACAGCUGCUUUAAUGAAUGUAACGUUUUACUUUAAAGACCAAAUAUGUGUGUGUCUGCUUGUGUCUUUCAGUGUGUGCCUCUGUUUGUGUGUGUGUGUGUUUCACCAUGUGUCUUUAGCAGUGUGUUUGCAUGGUCUGUCCACUGUCUUACUUAGACGUUUAGAUUUGAUGCUCCAAGCAAUUCAUAAAAAAAUCGUUUGAAAGCAAUAAUGAACAGCCAACAACAAUCAUGCUGAGAACUAUAAUAUAUUGUGCAAUAAAUAUUGUAAGGUGUUUUUUUUAAGGGUUUGUUGUGUGGUUCAAAUUUAAUUGAUGUUAAUUCUUAUGUUUUUUGGGGUCGGUCGUAUGUAGCGGGCUGGGACUGUUUCAGUGUGUGUGCAUGUUUAAUAAGUUCUAUAAAAAUCAAAUACAGUUUAUCCAAUUUUACAAGUAUAAUUGUUUUCUUUAUAAUCCAUAGGGAUGUGCGUUUAAUCCGAAUCGUAAUAAAAUCAAGCCGUGAGCAGAAAGAAGUUAUGGCGGGAAACUAAAAAAGCACAAUUCUCUAUUCCGAUGUUGAUUCCAGCUGAAAAUACUAUAUACAUUUAAAACAUUAAGAGUAAUGUAAAAUAACCCUGCAUAUAAUCUUCCUUGUAUAAAUUAACAUGUUAAUCCUUAUUAAAGUUAUACAGAAGUUGUUCAUUCAAGAUAGCGAGUGAUUAUUUCAGAGAUUAGAAACACUGACAGGAAUAUUGGGGCUGUCGCUUUAAUACUGAACUGAUCGUUUUAUCUCUACUGUUAAUGUUCACUUAAGACAUAACCGACUGUUUACAAUGACUCUUUUUCGUUUACAUAAUUUUGAGUGAAUGUGUUCAAGCGCAAGAUGAUCUGAAGAGCUUUUAAAUGAUGUAAUGUUAAACAGUUUUUGUUUUUAUGACUGCACUCAACUGUAUGGUGUCCAUGAGUGUUUUGAACGGCACACCUUUAAAUAAAAUGUAUAAUUAUGUAUUACUCUUGUGCUUGAAUAAUUAAAUUGGCAAGGCUUAAACUUCA